GAUUUAUUAAAGGAUAAAAUGGCAGAUAUUGGUCGGUUGCCUGCUUUUCUGCAGCCGUGGUGUAUCCAAAACAAUAUUUGUUUGCAAAGUAGAAAACCCUUACACUAUUAUCGACAUUGUUGUGCAUACAAACCGAAGAUUUUAAAAGAAGAUUAUGGGCUUGGCUUUUGGCAAACUCCGAACUGGAAUAGCCUAUCGUGGUCAAAACCCGUUUAUCGUAGCUUUGCGAAGAAUUCCAAUCGAAAAAUAUCCUUUCUUCUAUAUUGUUGCCUGGAGUCAAAGAAUUAUCAGAUUAUCGUCUUAGGAGGAGGCGUUGCUGCUGGAUAUGCUGCUUUUUCUUAUGUUCGUAUGGGAGGCGAAUCUAACCAACUUGCCGUCCUAUCGGAAGAACCUGUGCCACCUUAUGAAAGACCUUCUCUUUCUAAGGGGUUUAUGGAUCCUGAUAUUCGUAUGGAGCCUAGUGAGUUCUAUACUUGUGCAGCAAUAGCUCAGUUACCUCAAGAUGAGAAAUGGUAUGAAGAACAUGGAGUCGCUCUCUACCUGAAUACUCGAGCCCAGCAAGUGGAUGUAUCCACCAAAAAGAUAAUCAGUGAAAACGGUCAUAUAUUUCAUUAUGAAAAGCUGAUUAUAGCUACUGGCUGUCGAGCUAGAAAAUAUUCUCCUUCUCAAGUACCCUUUAGUAACCUGGACGGUAUUCUUUACUUAAGGAAUAUUGAGGACGCUAAUAUUGUUCGAAACUGGAUCGAUGAGUUGAAAGGACAAGGAAAGGCAGUUGUCAUAGGAGGUGGCUAUCUUGCGAUGGAGAUUACUUCGUGCUUGGUUUCAAAUAAUAUUCAAGUGACGAUGGCUUAUCCUGGUGACUAUUUAUUGAAUAAACUGUUUCCUGCACAAGUCGCCAAACAAUAUGAACAAGUUUUCAGAGACAAAGGAGUAGAGUUGCUAAGCAACUGUUUUGUGGAAAACUUCUAUGAGCGAAAUGAUGGUUUUGCUUCUGCAGUUCGCUUUCAAGAUGGCCGGAAAGUUUCUGGAGACUUUUUUAUCGUAUGUAUUGGUGCAAUACCCAACACAGAACUUUUUCAAGGUCAGCUUCAAUUGCAGAAUGGAGGAAUUGAAGUGAAUCAUCGCUUGCAAUGUGUUGGAUUUCCUGAUAUUUAUGCUGUUGGAGACGUUGCUUCUUUUCCUCUCAAGGCCUAUUCCAAUCGUCCAGUUAGAAUUGAACACGUGGACCACAGUAGGAAGAGUGCUGCUUCAGCUAUUUUAGAUAUUUUACAUGGAAAUCCCUACGGAAAUACGAAGCAUCGAGAUGAUCCUCGAUUAUCUAUUUUUCGAGCUGCAGUAGAUACAACAUAUGAUUAUGUUCCUUUUUAUUAUUCACGUAUGUUUGAUCUUUGUUGGAACUUUUAUGGAGAUAGCUCUGGUACUGCGUUUGUUUGGGGUUAUGUGCCUAGUAAGAUGGUUACUUUAUGGAUAGAAUUAUCGAGCAAAGUUGUGGGCAUAUUGUUGGAAGGUUGUAGUCCGUUUGAACAUCGUGUGGCAUAUCGGGUAGCGGUUAAUCGUCCCAAAGUGGAUACGAGUGAAUUGCAAAGAAUAACUGAGGCAUCGCAAGUUUUUGAAUAUCUGUUGAACCUUUUACCGGAGAAAGUAGAAAAGAUUCGAACUACAAGAGAGGAGAGUGUUGACAAGUAGUCGGAUAGAUAUCACAAGUCCCUCAAUGUUGGAUAAAGUUUUGCUAUACAAAAAUUUGCUCUUAAUUAUUGUCAAAUUGUAAUC